CCCCCUUUUCUCCGAGCUCUGAGUCCUUCUCGGCGUUUGUCCGAGGGCUCUCCACGCAGCGCUCGGUGAGGAUUCGAAAGAAUAGACUUUUCGCCAUUGGUAUCACAUUGAGACGCUGCAUUUUCCAUUCUUGGACCGGGCGAUUCUGUUUGGGGGAGCCGAGCUUUGGCUGAAAGGACUUCUAGAUCUGUACAGAACAGGAUAUUUUCUGUGUCCUUCCCUGCUCUGCUCAUGCCUACCACAGGAAUAGGACUUCCUAAUAAUUUGCUGAAAGAAUUAAAGAAUAAGCCAGACCUGAAAUAAACCAGUACCUCCAGUACCUCCAAUAAAUGAAAUAGAAGAGGACUCCAUAUAACCCUGUAUUAAGAGGAAUGGAGAUUGCCUCUGUCCACUUAGAUUCAUAAGCUGUCCCGAAGUGAUCUUGGCAUCAGGGAAGGGAGUGUUCAGGCACAUUUCACCAUCAGCAUCACGGGAUGGCAGCCAUUGAUUUGUCCCAUGGCCUUCUUUCUAGAGAGCCUAUCUACGUCUACGAAGCAAACAUAGAGGUAGACGGGACGGUGACUGACAACCAGGCAAAUUGUUACCAGGAUUCAGUGACCUUCGAUGAUGUGGCUGUGGAGUUCACCCCGGAUGAGUGGACUUUACUGGACCUGACUCAGAAGAAUCUAUACCGAGAGGUCAUGCUGGAGAACUACGAGAACUUGACUUCAGUAGGAUGUCAGUUAUUCAUUCCUAGUCUGACCCCCUGGUUAAAACAAGAAGAGUCCGAGGUGGCGGAAAGUGCUGUUCCUCAACAAUUGGAACUACAACCUACAAUUGACGAUUCAGAGCUUGAGAAUUAUUUUAGGAUGCAAAGUUCCAGUGCAACAGAAAUGGUGGGUGACUCAUCUCUUCACGAGCAGUCAGGAAACCACAAUGAAGAGGACCUAUGUGACUCUAAGCCAUGUGGGAAUGUGUUGGGUGAACAAUUAUGCCUUAACACAGAGGUGAGCAUGCAAAGUCAAGGAUACAGUUCUGAGUGUAACUGGUAUGGGAAAGACAUUCUUUCUUUGCUCAAGGAAACCUCUACUGGACAGACCGUUUCUGAGCUUAAUCAGUGUGGAAAACUCUUCAGUCUGACUCCAAACAUCAUGUACCCGAGCACUAGCACAAAUGAGAAGCCCUUUGAAUGCACAGACUGUGAGACAGCCUUUUUUAAUCAGUCUUACUUUCAGCCAGAUAUGAGGCCUCACAAUGGAGGAGAACCCUUUGACUGGAGUAAAUACGGGAAUGGUUUUAUUCAUCCUACAGGCCUUGCUAUGCAUCUUCCAAUUCUCAAUGCAAGAAACCCCUACAAAUUUGAGGAAUGUGGAAAGGACUUUCAGUAUUUUGCAUGCCUUAAUAAUCCCAUGGGAAUGUGCACUGGAGAAAAAUUCUGUGACUGCAAGGAAUGUUGGAAAGCCUUCACGGUUUCCUCACACCUAACUCAAUAUGUAUCAAUUCAUACUGAAGAAAAAUCCAAAGUAUGUAAGAUAUGUGGGAAGUCCUUUGCUAACUAUUCUCGACUUUCUGCACAUGUAAAAACUCAUAAUGAAGAAAAGCCCUUUGUAUGUAAGGAGUGUGGAAAGGCCUUUAAAAAUAUGUCAUACCUUAAUGAUCACGUUAGAAUUCACACUGGAAUAAAAUCAUACAAAUGUAUGGAAUGUGGGAAAGCCUUCCUUCGAUGGUCAGGCCUUACUGAACACAUAAGAGUUCACACUGGGGAAAAGCCUUACGAAUGUAAGGAAUGUGGAAAAACCUUUUCUAGAUCUACUCAGCUUACUGAACACAUAAGAACACACACUGGAAUCAAACCUUAUGAAUGUAAGGAAUGUGGGAAAGCCUUUACUCAGUACUCGGGCCUUGCCACCCAUGUACGAAUUCAUAGUGGAGAAAAGCCCUUUGCUUGUAAGGAGUGUGGGAAGGCCUUUACCAGGACCUCUGGCCUGAUUCAUCAUGUGAGAACUCACACAGGAGAGAAGCCUUUUGAAUGUGUUCAUUGUGGGAAAACCUUCAUUACUUCCUCCCAUCGCACUAAACAUCUGAAAAUUCACAGUGGCGAAAAGCCCUUUGUGUGUAACAUAUGUGGGAAAGCAUUUAUAUAUUCUACAUCCCUUAACAUUCACAUGCGAACCCACACUGGAGAGAAGCCCUAUAUAUGUAAGCAGUGUGGGAAAGCCUUCGCUGUUUACUCACGACUGAGGAAACACAGCAGAGUUCACACUGAGGAGAAGCCCUAUCAAUGUGAGGGUAUGGCCGUUGCUAUUUAGCCUAUCUGUUGCCACCUUUAAAUAUUGACAGUGACACCAAAGAUCAUCAGAUUAGUCUUAACUGCUUUGUGUGGGUUAUAGAGGCUCACACUGGCCUUAGACACCAUCCGAAUUUUAUGAAAUAGGAUAUUUAGGUGCCCCCCCAACUUUUCUUCUUUUGGGUAGUGCUGAGGAUUGACCUAGAACAUCAUGCAAGCUAGGCAAGCACUCAGUUACUGAGCUACCGUUUCCAGUUACCCUGGAACCUUUUCAUGAAUAUCUGAGUCAGAGCAUCUGUGGGUCAUAAGUGAGGCCAGGACACUAAGUGGCUUCAUUCUGAUGCUUGACUCUUUGUAAUCAUAACAUUUCUAAAUGCUAUGAAAACAGAUUUGAUCCUUUUUUUUGGUUAAUGGCUGCCAGUGUGGCUUGUUAAUGUGAAAAUUCAUCACAGGCCAAGAUAAUAUAGGACACAGGUGGAUUGUGGAAAGACACUCCUAGGCAACUACUCGGACCCCAUUGGUUCUGAUGAGCAUACCAAGAAGUAGUUCCUACCUGUUCUUAAUAGCUAGUCUACUUACAGAUGUUAAUCCUGUGGUCCUUUAUAAAAUUCAGAUCGUCCAUUCUGCCCCAUCUUUUGAAUCCAUUUUGGAUUGCAGUGACAGUAACUUUGUCCAUAUUCCUCAGGUUGGUUGAGAUUGAUGAUCUGAGGAUAGAACUGGGGGCCUCGUGGAUGCUAGGCAAGUACUCUGUCACUAAGCUACAUUCCUAGCUGGCCUAGUCUCUUAGCACAGAUUUCUCAGUUAUUGUAGUGUGGAUAGGCUGAGAGUUUUUUUAAAGGUACAGUUCUCUUUGUUUAACAAUUUCUUCUUAGCUUCAGUGUUCUCCCCUUUUCAUAUUUUACUAAAGGCACUCAGGAGGAACCAAGUUGCUCCUUUUGAACACUUUAAUUACAGAUAAGUUUCUGAGUCUAUCACUCUCAAGUUCUAACUUCCACACAAAAUGUUUCUAUACAGAUCUGCUCGGUUCAAUAUCACUACACACCACUGAUUGCUUUUUCUUCAUGUUCUAAUAACAUGUUCUUCCUUCUUAACUAAGGGAGUCCUCACCAGAAUAGCUGGCCUCUACCUGUCACUCAGUUUCAAGGCUACUUGCAUGUGUUUAAGUGUGUGGUUUUUUUUUGUUUUUUUUUUUUGUUUUUUUUUUUUUUACUGCAUUGCCACAGUACCACAAAACACUAGAGCUGGCAAAAUGGCUCAGAAGGUAAAGGUGCUUGUGAGCAGGAACUGAGUUUGAUCCCAGGGACCCACACAGUCAAAGGAGAGCACGGACUGCUACACAUUAGCCUCUACUUCUACAUGCAUACCACACUUGCACACACAUGUAUACACCAUAAAUAUAACACAAAACAGCAUAAACCAAGGUGCUUUAAAAUUUCCCUUUAAAAGAAACAAAAUUUUAGGUUAGCAUAAGUAUUGGGUUUUAUUAUGGCAUUUUCAUUUCUAUAGAUCGCUGUACUUCUCAUUAGCUUACCACUUUUGGAUAAAGGUUUAGGGCUGUGAGUUUUGCUCAGUGGUAAUAGUCCUUACCUAGCAUAUGAAUAGCUAGUUUUCAUUUCCUGCAGUGGACAGACCAUAUAUAGCAAUUUAUUUUCUCACACAUGCAAGAAUAACAGCAUGGGAGCUAGUGAAAUGGUUCAGAGGGCAAAGCUCUUUCCCUGCAAACACGAGAACCAGAGUUUGCUUUCUCAGAACCCAUCUAAGUGCAGGUGGCUGUGGGGGCAGGCCGCCUGUAACCCCAAGGCUUGGGAAGUAAGAGGGGAGUCCUCAGGCUAUCUGAGUAGUUAGGUUACUUGAAUCUACGAGCUUCGGGCUCAGCAAGAGACCCUGCUUCAGUGAAUAAAAUGGAAAGUGCUUAGGGAAGCCUAAUAUUACUUUCUGGUUUCCACAUGCCACCUGCAAAUGUGGAAACACCAACAUGCACAUGCACACACAUGAACACAAAAUAACAGCAUGCUUGGCUUCUGGAGUAGACUCUUCCUGGCAUGCAGUCGCUUUCAUAUGACAAAGUCUGAAAAUGAGGAUUUUUUUUUUCCCUCUACUCAUACAAAUCGCAGCAUUGUGGAAUGACGUUUCCACUCAUUGUCCUGGACUAUCAAAUGAAAUUCUAAAGACCCUAUCUGAACAGUCAUGCUGAGCUUUAGAUUUAACAUGAAUUUGAGAGGGUCAUAGAUUCUUUUGGUUUCCUAGACAGGUAAUGAUAUUUGUAGAUAAUGAUGUUAUUUUUUUUUUUCUAUUUUAGUUGUUUCCUUACAUAAAUUAGUAUGAUGUCCAGCACACUAGUGAAAGUAGUAAAAGCAUAUUUUUCUUUAGAAUUAUAAUGAGGUAUGCUCUCCAUUAUACUGAUUUGCUUAUUAGGAUAGAGGGUUUUUUUAAUAUCUGGAUUUUGCAUAAUGGUUUUAUAGUAUUUCUUUCUUUGUGAGGCAAAAUUCCUCUUGGAUUCAUUAAUUGCUUUCCCUGUAUCCUCUGAGAUGACUAUCCUCAUUGGCUGGUAGCACUCAAGUAUCUAGGAUUUCAUUGUUCCAUAAUAAUAAAUACUGGAAUGACUAAAAGGACUCCAAAAUAAAGCAGUCAUUUAUUAAUGAUUAUAUAUUAUUUGUUUUCUGAUGUUAACUUUAAAUUCUUAGAUACAUUCAACUUGGACAUUAAGGUUCAUUUUUGUUUUGUGUGAUUGCUGAGGAUCAAACAAGCCCAGCUGAGGCAAGCACUCUGCCACUGAGCUAUAAUCUUGAGCCCAGUGGAUCGAUUCUACUACUUCAUGUUGUUUAUGCUUGCUCACAUAAAGACUACCAUAGAUAUUCUUGAGUAGCAUUGGCAUAGAACUUUUCCUUAUAUGUGAAGAAAUGGAGUAGGGAUAAGAAGAGUGCCUGUUUAGCAAUGCACAAGGCUGUGGUUUCAGUCCUCAGCGCCACCAAAACAGCCAGAUGUAAAACGAACUGACUGGUUUUAGCUGUAGAUUAGAACAGUGUCAUACACUGCAGUGAAUGUAUUCCUCUCCUGUCCUAAUUCUAAACCUGUUCAGGUAUCCUGAUUUAGAAUAAUUGACACUGUUUUAGGUACCCGUUUUCUAUUACCUUAAACUAUUCAGUAUCUUUUAUGUUUAUAGGACACCUAAGAUUUACAGUAUCAUUUAAAUUUUUUGAGUAUAUUUUUCUAGGCAUGCUUUCAUUUUCACAUAUGAAAUUUAUUUUUUCUUGUAUUCCUGAUGUUUCAUGGUUGCAUAAUUAACUAACUUUGGGUCUGCCUUGUAUUUCAAUCUGCAAUAAUUUCUCCUUGUAUUUAAAUUGAGUUAAUCCUCAGUCAGUAUUCUUUUGGAGAGUAUUUGUCUCAAACUACAGCAUGUUGCCUCACACUGUAAUCUUAGGGGUUGGGAAGCCAAGGCAGGAGGAUCACAGAUUUAAGGGGAGCCUGAGCCUGGGCUAUUUUGUGAGACACUGUCUUAAGAAGACAAAAAUAAAAAAAUAAGACAAGACAAAUGUGCCCAGGGAGGAGUUGGGGCCUGGUAAAUAAUCUGGGAGGGAAAAAAAUUUUGUCUUGAAAUACUUAACUUUCCAAUAUAGUUUUUAUUUCAUUGACUCUGGCAGGUAUGUACAUGGUUAUAUAUUUUAAUUUUCUUUUUGUAUCCUUGGUUAAAAAAAAUUUGGGGGGGAGGUGCUAGGAUUCAAAGUGGGGGCUUUACACAUGCUAUAACCCAGGUGUAGAUGUGUCUUUUAUAUAUACUUUAGUUAGAGUUUUAAAACUCUGAUUACUUGAAAAUUCCUGAUUAACAAUUCUUUUAGACCAUUAUGUAUAAUGCAACUAGUAACAAAAUUGGAAUUUUAGCAACUUUUUUCUUCUGUAUUUGUUGCAUGUACCUUUUCUGUAAUGUUUUCACUGAAAAUUUUACCCAGUGCUUGAAAUUUAUGUACUCCAUUUACUAUUUAGUUGCUAUUCUAAAACAUUAAAUCCAGUUUUAAAAUAAA